UUCUCUUUCUACCGUACUGAAACCAGAGUAACCUUAAUAUACUUUGGUAUCAUCCAUGUAAAUAAUUUACUAUGGCGCCAUUCAUUCGGUAUUCCCGCAGCGCACUUCUAUGGAUUCGCGAUGGUACCGCGCCCGAUUGCGAGUUUGUUCCUAAACUUCUCCUCUCACAUGAACUGGCGAAGCCCGAACCCGCAAAUUGGUUGAUACUCCUAUCAAAACCAGUUUCGGGAUGUUGGCUCGCAGCUCGUGAGAGACAAACCGGAUUCCUUUCUACUAACUAUAUCGACCAGCGUAACACUUGGGUAGUCAUUCUUGAAAUACCAGGUGGAGAAAACGUUACGAUCGAGUUGAAGGAGGUUGAUCCGGAGGGAAACACUUUAACGGUUUGCCGGCCGGGAGCACCUCUAUCAAUUGCGGGUGAUAAACUCGAAGAUUACGCCUUUAGCUCUAGAAAUGAGGUUAGAUGCCAUGUCAAGGUCGAAGAUUGGAUAAAUCGGUUAGAGAAGUCUGGCGUUACGAGAUACCGACUUCAACAAUACUACCGAGGUUAGUAUUCUCUAACAUCUCUUUCCUAUUACCUUUAUCGCGCCCCACGAUUGACCAUUUGUAUUUCUAGGUCAUCGUUAUUGGGUUGAUGCUGUACUCCGACAAUUUCAGAGUUUCCUAGAAGGCCCAAUC